AAGCCAUUGACUUCACAGAUUACGAUCUCGAGUACAGUAUGCAUUUGGGUGCUUAUUCUUCCCGUUUAGUCGCGACCUCUACUGUGUAUCGAUUGUUGUAGCAACCAUUGUCCAUUCAGCAGGUACACAAAGAGACAGCAUUAAUCAUGAAGGUAGAAUGUUUACAGAACGGCACGGCCGGGGAGCAGUAAGAAAACAAUGAGUCUCUGGAGUCUCUACACUGAGUGACGUCGCUCACAACGCGUCGAACAGUGUCACACCGACCGCUGAACUGAUACACAGAGAUAACACACUUACGGUUAAGGUGAACAGUUGACUCGUGCUAAGCAGGAGAAGAUAAAUUUGAAGGAUGGAAUGAGGCAUCUGACCGUGCCUUGAUGUAUUUAUACCUGACUUGGAUUGAUCGAGAAAGUUAGUCGGCUGAUUGACACAACAAAGUCAUGGGUUCCGGAGCGUCUACAAACAACAAAACUGCUGUGAGACCAAAGCCAUCGGAAACCAAUGGUCCAAGCAGCUCUAAUUCUGGGAUUGAAAAUGACGACAAAGCUGCUAGAAUAAACGGAGCGGAUACAGAAAACCAAAAGGAAGAAAACGAGAAAGUAUCCGUCAAGAUCCCUCCGCCUUGCCCCCCUGUGACGCGCAAAGUGCAAGUCUUCACUAAGGUUUUAUUCAAAGAUGUAGACAAAAAAGUUCUUAAGGCCCCAAAAGACUUGAUGGUAAAGCCGUUCCCAGAGUUGAUCCAGUACCUCACAGAGGGCGCUAGUAAUGACGUAGCCAAAGUGCGCGCAAUAUUUCAGUGGAUAGCCUCUAUUGAUAUCCAUGGAAUGGGAAUGGACAGCCUGCCACCACAGAAAACACCAUUGGAAUAUCUUCUGAAAAUCAAAUGGAAUAUGGGCAAUCAUGCUCAUUUGUUUUUCUCUCUUUGCCGGCUAGCGCAGUUGCCAUGUGUCAUUGUCAAUGGCAUAAAUAAGAGUGCUGCGUACGAGAUAGGCAGGCCCGUGGACAAACGCCGAAUGGCCGCCCAGUGGAACGCCGUAUACGUGGACGGAGAAUGGCGUUUAAUGGACGUCUUCUGGGCGUCUUCUUGUGUUGUCGGUAGAACGUCCAAGGAGUGGACUCUUCUAGACAUAGAUGGUAAAAUUGUCAGCGAUGAUAGGGAUGAUUACGAGGAGGGCGAUGAAGAAGGAGAAACUCAUCAUCGAAUAAACGAAUUUUACUUUAUGCCCGAUCCAGAUCAAUUUAUAUUUACUCACUUCCCCAAUGAUCAAAAAUGGCAAUUGCUUGAAAAGCCUCUCACUGUUGAUGAAUUCGGCCAAAGUAUGUAUGCUAGGGAGAUGUUCUGGAAUCUUGGACUGAAACUAGCACCGAACAGCCUCAAGACCUGUAUGGUGAAGUCCAACAAUGGUGAAAUAGAUAUUCCCUUUGAACUCCCUGCAUUGGAUGCCAUAAACGUAAAGUUUAGGUACAUGUUGUAUCGCAAGGCGGGAGGCUCUGUGGCAGGAGGACAAAUGGAUCGAUUUGUGUUUUACACACGACAAGGGAAAACUCUGAACUACAAUAUCAGAUUCCCCGUGGCAGGUACCUUCAGGUUGGAUAUAUUUGGACAGGACAUCACUAAACACGAUAGCCUUGACUUGUGUUGUGCCUACGUGAUCGAAUGCCCGGAACCCAAACGCAAUGUGGAACCCCUGCCCGAUAACCCAGUCAUUGGUUGGGGACCAGGCGCCGAGACCGAGGACGCAGGCAUGACUCCACUGACACAUGACUGCGGGCUUGUCGAGACGGAAGAUGGAUGUGUUGAAAUGAAAUUCAGGCUGAAAAAAGAUGUGUCCCUGCUCCAAAGUCUGCUGAGUAACAAAAUGGACGAGAAAGUCUUGGAAAAUUUUGUGAUCAGUCGCGUUGAAAAUGGUGAGGCCUUCGUCACGGUGCGCCUACCGAAGAAAGGUGAAUACGCACUGAAACUGUUCGCAAAUGAUCGGAACGACGAAGGAGAUAUUCCAAACGUCUGCAAUUACCUCAUACGCUGCUUAAACGACAAAGUGAAAAACGAACCUUAUCCACAUGUUCAUAACGGAGCUUUGGGGAAAGGGAACUUUGCAAGUAAAUUGGGAGUUGUCCCUCUUAAUUACCCUGGAGGACUCAUAGAAACCGACGACGGUCAGUGCACACUUCAAUUCCGAGCCCCCAAGGGAGUUGAACUUUUCUGUGAAAUUCACUCAGCCGGUUUAGAUGAUAGUGCCUUUGAGAAUUGCCUGCGUAAGACCGGUCCAAAUGCUGGCGGGGAGACGUCUUUGGAAAUCACCUUACCUAAAGCUGGGGAGUACUCCGCGAGCAUCUACGCCCGCAGAACGGAAGAUCCGGACCGCAUCUACAAUGUCCACAACUAUCUCAUCAUUUCAAAAGCUGACCGAAGCGACGCUGAUGUCAGCAACAAGGGGCUGAAUGAGAAGCCUGAAAUGCCAGAUGUGGACAAACCUAAGGUUACCCACAAGGGUACAGUCGAAAUCCGCCUGCCCAAAUCAUUUGAAAACCUUAUGGCUGAGCUCCAAAAGAAGAACUCAAACGACCCUGUCAAGACACAGCAAGUGACCCUGAGGGAGGAUGGUGGAGAGUACAUCGUGAGGAUUGAAGUCCCGGAUGAAGGAGAGUACCUGCUGACUUUGUUUGAACACACGGAAAGCGGGGCACUGUCCAAUCUUGGCACAUACACCGUGUACAGCGAGCCAAUGGCUUCGGCUCCCGUCAUUGUCGUAAGUCAAGAAGACAAGCCAGGUUAUGGGGAACAAUCAUCCGACAAGGAUGAAUUAGAAUCACGGAUAUCAGAACAGUCAGAGGAGCCGCCUCCUGUCACAAAUCAAAUGUCAGCAGAAGAAAAGAAGAAAUUAGAGGAGGAGAAAAAACUUGCAGCUAACGAGGAACUGCACUGUUCUCAUAACGAUGACCCAGACAUUGAAACUAUUCCCCUUAUGGAGUUGCCACCAAAUGACGUAGGCAAAACUGAAAAUGUACAAGAGGACAGAUCAGUUCCCCAGACUACUCCGUUUUUAUCGGAGGAAGAUGAAAGAAAACUUCGAGAGCUGGAGGAAGAGAAAAAACGGGAAGAACAAGAAAAACAGCGUCGAAAAGAAGCAAAGAAAGCCCUUGCCGAAAAGCGGCGAAUGUUGAAUAGCAAGCUGAAGUUAGCCAUGGAAUCCAAAGAUCCUAACGAACUUGCCGUAGCUAUCAAAGAAUUCGAGGAUAGUGGUUUUCCUGAUAAUAAGAAUAACCUGGAAAAGGCAAAGAAAAUGCUGAUGCUGCUGAAGGCGAAAUCGGAUCUUGUGACAGCAAUGUCUGUUCGUGAAGUGGAUGUGUUAGAGAGGGCCAUAGAAGCUGGAGAGGCUGCCAACUACAACAAGAGCUUAAACCUUGAGCUUGCUUACGCCAAACGUGUCCUAGAACACCUAAGACACAUUGAAAAACUGCGCCAUGAUAUCCUGAAUUUGGACCAAAAGACCAUAGCUGAGAUACGCAGUUAUUCCAAUCCGCCGGAUGCUGUUCAUCAAGUCAUGGCGGCAUCGUACCUUUUGCUUGGGUUAACAGAAGACCAAGUGAAGGAAUGGCGGUCUGUACAAGCAUUUAUGGGCAAAACUGGUAGAGAAAGCUUGAAACGGAAGGUUUCUCAGUUUAACGUUGAGAAACUUGCAGUCGAUGUUGCCUUGCGAGCCAAGGAGAUAAUGGCUAGAUUCAGCAAGGAGGAAGUACAUGAUGUGAGCGCCGGGGCGGCCACAUUUUAUGUUUGGGCCCAGGGAAUGAUUGCCGAAUGCGAAUCGCGUUUUACCGAAUCAGGCGGUGAUUUGAGCACAGUUCGACCAAAAACUGCCAGAGGGAAAUCUGCCUUUGGUGAACGCAAACCCAAGGAUCAGCCUACACAAGGAUGGGCAUAACGAUUUAACAGCAUAACAUAGGGACAUAACAGUCAUGCCCUAGGAUAGCCCACGCAGCGGUGGGCAUAACAGUAGGUCUACGGCAGCAUAACAUAGGGGCAUAACAGCAGGGAUAACAGUAUUGUGGUCAGGUUUAUAUUUAAAAAAUGGGUUUGAAUCCCUUACGUGCGUAUUAAGAGAAGUUAAGUUCUCUGUAACCUGCUGGCUUUUUUGUAUUUAAACAUUUGCUUACUGGACUCAUGAGCCUGUAUUGUAUAGUAUAGGUAUCAGUGUAAUUAUUUUGUACGGUAGCUUUGUUGCACAUACUAUUGUACUGCAUCUGUGUUUUUUUAAAAAGAACAUAAAACAUGAUAAUUAUGUUUUUGGAUUAUGGAUAACAGUUUUUAAUAUAUAAUUAUUUCUAAUUUAUAUUUCAAAUACCCACAUCUAUGCAUGUUACUCCAUUUUGAAUUUACUUUAUUAUUAUAACUUUAUUAUUAUUAUUAAAACAAAAACAACAAAAUCACAGAGGUCAACAUUUACUUUUAUUGUACAUAUUUUUUAAGUUGCUCUGGCUAGCGCUUUAUGUAUUUUACAAACAGUUUUAUCUCAUGACUGAUUUCCUGCAAGAUGCAAGUCCGUCGAAGUCAUGCUGUGAUAUUUUUCCGACCGUCCGUGCUGCGCUUUAAAAGGAAUACUUUAGUUGCAAAACAAAAGCCAGAUUCGUAGAUAUUAUAACUUUUGUAUAAAUAUUGGAUUGUUUUGUUAUAUUUUUUAUUUUAUAUUUAUUUAUUUAAAUUAAUUAGAUUUUAAUAUACUGCUGGUAUGACCGUAGCCAAGUUGAGGCUGACGAGACACCCCCAUGACGGGCCUACAUGUACAUAAAGUUGGUAUUAUACAUGCAUCAGCUGUAUUUUUUUUCACUUUGGUGGAGUUUGCUUCUCAUCUAGGAUAUUGACUCGUAGAACGAGCUCAGUAAAUGAUGUCACAGGCAACCCGUAUAUAGGCCACAGGUCUAAAUCCGCUUGUUUAUUAGUCUAAGGAAUAAAACACAUUUAAUACGACAAAUAGACUUAGUUCUCGUUUUGUUUAUUAUACAACUAGUACUUAAAUCAUUGUUAAUGAAAGGCGCAUCUACAAUCUUCGGAGAAGCAGUUCCUGAAAUGUGCUUAAAUUUUCAUCGUAUGGCGUUUGUCAUAAAGUAGAACAUUCCUCGCUCUAUUUAAU